AGACACAGAGAGACAGAGACAGAGAGCGAGGCCCCGGGGGCGCAGCAGGCCGUGUCCCGGGGAAGGCGCCUCCACACGGGGCUGAGACACACACACACACACACCGCGCCGGACGCACGGAGAGAAUACACGCGCGCUUUCGCCGCUUUUCCACCCGAGACAAUGGCGUCCUACGUGGACAACAGCUUCCGGCAGGCGGUGAUGCUGAACCCGGCCGAGAGGACGCAACAGGAUUUGGAGAUUGUAUAUUCCUAUUUGCACGGUAUGGAGGCGCUGUCCAAUCUCAGAGAACAUCAGCUAAGGAUGAUGUGUGAAACCGUGCGCUAUGAAAGACAUGAAGCAAAUGAAGUGCUUUACUAUCCGGAUGACAUCGGCAGCUGCUGGUACAUCCUGCUCUCUGGGUCUGUGUUCAUCAAAGAGUCCAUGUUCCUUCCCAGAUCCAGUUUCGGGAAGCGUUCCGCCGGGAGUUUACGUCGCGGAUGUGAGUGCAUCGUUCUGGAGCCGUCCGAAAUGAUCGUGGUGGACUAUAUGGAUGAGAAUGAGGAGUAUUUCCAGCGUCAGGCUUCGCAUCGUCAGUCCCGUAGGAGAUUCCGUAAAAUCAACCAGAAGGGUGAAAGGCAGACGAUCAUCGACACAGUGGAACCGUACCAAGCGGGCAAGCCGCCCAUAACCCGCGGGUACCACACGGAAUGCGUUAAAGCUCAGCUCCCAGCGGACUUCAGCAGGCUCCACCUGGCUGACGGGAUCCACCCUCAGGUGACCCACGUCUCCUCCAGCCUCUCAGGAUGUAGCAUCACCAGUGACUCCGGGAGCAGCAGCCUGUCCGACAUCUACCAGGCCACGGAGAGCGAGCCAGGCGACAUGGACCUGAGUGGCCUCCCCGAGACCGCCGUCGACUCCGAAGAGGAUGACGACGAGGAAGACAUCGAACGCGCCUCUGAUCCGCUCAUGAGCCGAGACAUCGUCCGUGACUGCCUGGAGAAAGACCCCAUGGACCGGACCGACGAUGACAUCGAGCAACUGCUGGAGUUCAUGCACCAGCUGCCAGCCUUUGCCAACAUGACCAUGUCGGUGAGGAGGGAGCUGUGCGCCGUCAUGGUGUUCGCCGUCGUGGAGCGAGCUGGAACCAUCGUCCUUAACGACGGCGAGGAGCUGGACUCGUGGUCGGUGAUCCUGAACGGCUCGGUGGAAGUGACGUACCCCGAGGGCCGCACCGAGAUCCUCUGCAUGGGCAACAGCUUCGGCGUCUCGCCCACCAUGGAGAAGGAGUUCAUGAAGGGAGUGAUGAAAACCAAGGUGGACGACUGUCAGUUCGUGUGUAUAGCGCAGCAGGACUACUGCUGCAUCCUGAACCAGGUGGAGAAGAACAUGCAGAAGGUGGAGGAGGAGGGCGAAAUCGUCAUGGUGAAAGAACACCGCGAGCUCGAUCGCACCGGCACCAGAAAAGGACACAUCGUCAUCAAGGGCACGACGGAGCGUCUGACCAUGCACCUGGUGGAGGAGCACUCGGUGGUGGACCCCACCUAUAUUGAAGACUUCCUGCUCACCUACCGCACCUUCCUGUCCAGCCCCAUGGUGGUGGGCAGGAAACUGCUGGAGUGGUUCCAUGACCCCAGCCUCAGGGACAAGGUUACACGGGUAGUCUUGCUGUGGGUGAACAAUCACUUCAAUGACUUCGAGGGCGACCCUGAAAUGACGCACUUUCUCGAAGAGUUUGAGAACAAUCUGGAAAGGGAGAAAAUGUUUGGGCACUUAAGACUGUUAAACAUAGCCUGCGCUGCCAAAGCCAAGCUGAGGGUGGUGACCCUGACUAAGCCGUCACGCGAGGCUCCUCUGGCCUUCAGCCUGCUCGGCGGUUCGGAGAAAGGCUUCCGCAUCUUCAUUGAGAACGUGGAGCCGGGCAGCAAAGCUGCAGAAGCAGGCCUCAAACGUGGAGAUCAGAUCCUCGAGAUGAAUGGACAGAACUUUGAGAAUGUACAGCUGUCCAAAGCGAAUGAGAUCCUGCGCAACAAUACACAUCUGUCUAUUACUGUGAAAACUAAUCUCCUAGUGUUUAAGGAGCUUCUGGCUCGGCCGGAGCAUGACCAAGAACCUGACCAUGACGAAGAGCUGGACAGGAAGAACGGCGCUCCUCACAUUCCCAAGAUCGGGGAUAUCAAGAAGGCAAGCCGUUACUCCAUCCCAGACCUGGCCGUGGACGUGGAGCAGGUGAUGGGUCUGGAGAAAGCAAGCAAGAAAGCCAAGGCCAACACGGUGGGAGGGAAGAACAAGCUCAAGAAGAUCUUCGACAAGACUUUGACCAGUAUUCUUCCGCCCAAGCCGUACAACGAUGUCGCUGUAGGCCAGUCUCAGGACGACAGCAUUGUCGGAAUGAAGCAGUCGAAACAGAUCCCUCCUGCUCUCCCGGUUAGCGGAAACCUAUCGUCCAGCAACCCGGACUUGCUACAGUCUCAUCAUCGCAUACUCGACUUCAACAACCAGCCAGAACCCGUCCCUAACAACAUGUCGGACCAGGUGCUGCGGGUCUUCAAGGCUGAUCAGCAGAGUCGUUACAUCAUGAUCGGCAAGGACACCACGGCCAAAGAGGUCGUCGCUCAGGCUAUCAGGGAGUUCGCUCUGACCGCCGCCCCUGAAGCGUAUUCGCUGUGCGAGGUGUCCGUCACUCCCGAGGGUGUAAUCAAGCAACGGCGGCUUCCUGAGCAGCUCUCCAAACUGGCUGAUAGAAUCCAGCUCAGCGGCAGGUACUACCUGAAGAGCAAUAUGGAGACGGAGACGUUGUGCUCGGACGAGGACGCCCAGGAGCUUCUGAGGGAGAGUCAGAUCAGCCUCCUGCAGCUAAGCACGGUGGAAGUGGCGACUCAGCUCUCCAUGCGUGCCUUCGAGCUUUUCUGCGCCAUCGAGCCCACCGAGUACAUCGUCGACCUCUUCAAGUUGCGGUCGCGCUUGCCCGGACCUUCCAGCCUCAAGCUCUUCGAAGAGUCCAUAAACCGGGAGACCUUCUGGGUGGCCACCGAGGUGCUGCGAGAACCCAACCAGCUGAAGCGCAUGAAGAUCAUCAAGCAUUUCAUCAAGAUCGCCUUGCACUGUCGCGAGUGCAAGAACUUCAACUCCAUGUUUGCCAUCAUCAGCGGUCUAAAUCUGGCGCCCGUCUCCAGACUGCGAGGAACCUGGGAGAAACUUCCCAGCAAGUACGAGAAGCUCUUCAGCGACCUGCAGGACCUGUUUGACCCGUCCAGGAACAUGGCCAAAUACCGCAACGUUCUCAACAGCCAGAACCUUCAGCCGCCAAUCAUCCCUCUCUUCCCAGUUAUCAAAAAAGACCUCACCUUCCUCCAUGAGGGGAACGAUUCGAAGGUGGACGGCCUGGUGAACUUCGAGAAGCUGCGUAUGAUUGCUAAGGAGAUCAGACACGUGGGUCGGAUGGCGGCCAUCAACAUGGACCCGGCGCUGAUGUUCCGCACCAGGAAGAAGAAGUGGAGGAGUUUAGGCUCACUGAGCCAAGGCAGUGCCAAUGCAGCCGUACUGGAUGUAACCCAGACGGGCGGGCACAAAAAGCGCGUAAGGCGGAGUUCUUUCCUCAAUGCCAAGAAGCUGUACGAGGACGCCCAGAUGGCACGUAAGGUCAAGCAGUACCUGUCUAACCUCACACUGGAGACCAACGAGGAGAGCCUGCAGACGCUGUCUAUACAGUGUGAACCCUCCAUAAGUACAUUGCCUAAGAGCUCAGGGGACAGGAAGAGGCCAGACACCUCGCCAGUGGUAGCACGAGCCGCCCUGCAUCCACGCCAGCAGCUCCAGAAAUCCAGCCAGGGUCUGCAGGUGCCAACUGUUGCCCUCUACCCAUCCCGCAAGAAGGUCCCUGUCAAAGACCUGCCACCGUUUGGCACGAAUUCCCCACAGUCCCUGAAGAAGAUUCUGUCUCUGUCAGAGGAAGCAGCUGAGAGACACAGAAAGCAGACGGAAGAUGCCAUGUCUAGUACCUCGUCUCCCCCGACGUCUCCUCGCAGCUCCCCGAAGAAAGGUUUAACAAGAGCGAGUGAUAACCUGUCAGACUCGGGCCACAGUGAGAUUUCUUCCCGCUCAAGUCUGGUCAGUACGUCCUCCCUGGACAUGGGCCAGGACGAGCGGCGUCUCCGAUACGCUCACGGGGUCAUCGACGGCCACACCGGUGGUCAUGGAGGUCACCGGCUCGAGCGCAGGGCCACGGCUGACCCAGACCAAUACAGUCUCGGCUCGUACUCAUCAGUGCAGGACUGGCGUGGUAUGUACGUCAGCACGGCCAUGCCGUCCUCGCCGAGUUCAGAGGAGUUAAGUCAGGAGCAGGGCGACCGCGUGUCCCUGGAUGCAGCAGACUCUGGACGAGGCAGCUGGACGUCCUGCUCAAGCGGUUCACACGACAGUAUCCAGGCCAUGCAGCAGGGCAGGAGCUGGGAGGCGCUGGCUGAAGGGGCGGGGCUCUGGGCCGGACGAGGAAGCUGGGCGUCGACCUCGUCGUGCUCGUCCUCGUCGGCGGCGUGCUGGGGAGACGAGUCCGAAGGUGACACCGGGACUAUCAAGCGGAGAGGCGGUAAAGACGUGGGAACCGACCCCGACACCUGCAGCAUCACGUCUACAGGUUCAGAGGAGUCGAAGCAGCAGAGCCGCCGGCCGUCUCCCAUCACCGCCGGCACGACCAAGACCAACCUGCCGCGUAAAGACGGUCGAUACCGCGACCCCCCUCCCACUCCUCCAGGCUACACGGCCCUGUCCAUCUCUGAGGUGACGGAAGGGACAACGCACACGACCAGGAGGCCUCCAGACUACACCACGGCGCUACAGCGCUCCCGCCUCGUUACACACUCGCCCAAACCGGGGACCGAGCGUGCGGGAGAGGAUGACGAAGAGGAGGAAGAGGUAGAGGAGGAGGGUGAGUGCUUUUCUCCCAAACUCAGAGGUCAGAGGAGGAGAGGUCCACAUACAGCAGUGCCCCCCAGGCCAUGAGUCACACACACCACCAUGGCAGGCAGAGGACGAGCAGGUGUCCGCCGUGUGAACAGACGUCACUUCCCUUACUGUUCGGCUCUCGCUGCAGUGACUGAAGGCCUGUGAGGCCGGUCAAAGGCAGACAGACAGCCAGAGCAACCAAUCAUCACCUCGAUGCCACUGCCUGUCUCUCUCCUGAUUGGUGGAUUCAUCUCCCUUCUCUGCCUUAAAGCGUCAUGAGGGGUUUUGUCACCCUGCAUGCUAAAAAUACUGUGAAGAAAGGAAGAGAACGUUCAAAACGAAGAAAUUACCCGGCACUUUGGAAAAAUCUAAUUAUUUAGCUUAAAGUAGUAAGAAACAAAAAAAAAAACACACAAAAAAACCAAGAAGAAGAACUUGAACCUGAAUUUAAAAUGAACACACAGCGGUGCGACAUUCACACAAAGACAAGACUGCCGUUGACAGUCACCGAUAGACGUUUCUUCCCUUCCUGACAUCCUCACAAAUCGUUUUUUUUUCUCAUCUGCACUUUUUAUGUAUGUUUUAUAAGAACAAAACGCACAUGAUCUUCAUCAUCUCAUCUGGAACAUACACAUUCUACAUGGGUGAAAGUGAAAACAUGCAUGGGAGAAAAACACAACACUCACACGGAGACUCUUUGUAUGCGAAUCGGCACUCGUCUGUACAAUGUGCGCGUCACUGUUGCAGUAUUAAUUGAGCUUUCGGGGGUUGGUGGAUGUCUGAGAACCACACAGCAGGGAGAAAAUGAAGCAUCCUGGUGUGACUAGGCGUUGGGGUGCGUCCUAAAGCCUUCCGCUACGUGUACAGCACCCUGCUUCAUGUUGGAGAGAUGUUUGACUUGUACUUUGACUUGGGUACAUGUCGAAAGGAAAGGAAAGGUCAGGUCCAAACUGAGAGCUAAACCCAUCAGGAACCAGGAGAUGUCAUUGGCGUGUUCUGCUACUUGAGUCGAGUAGAACUAAGCUGGUAUCCAGAAUGCUGUUUGGAUCUCAGAAACUAUUCAGAAGAAGAUAAUCUACAGGCAAGACUUUUGAGAUUUUUGUGUCUCAAUAGUUUUUUUUGUUCAUCAUUCCCCCCAUCCCAACCACUGCUGUCACUUGUAAAGAACUGUACAGUUGACACCAAACUCCACUGGUGCAUUACUCUACUCUCUCGAGUUCUUUACAAAGUGUUUAAGAUUACAAAUCUUUAGACAUACCAGGAUUCCAAAGGCAAGAUUUUUGGCUCCACUCGACCAAUUUUGUGUCCUAUAAAAAAUAAGGGAUUUAAGAGAUGAUCCCAAGCUCCAUUGGUUCACCUAGAAUUCUUUGAUGAUUAUUAGUGUGUGAACUUGCAUGGAGAUGCCAGUAACUUUGUACAGGAACCCAAAGACUAUAUUUUAAUUUAAUUUAUUUCACUUGAAAAGUCGUUUCUCUUGCCCCCACUUGCUUUUCAAAGAGGGUAAUAUGUUUGCCACAGGCCUUAUGUAAAAGAACAGGAAAAUGAUAAAAUCUUGGAGCUGAACUUACUUCAAUACCUGACGGCGUAAUCCAGGGGCGAAGUCUUAUCUUAGAGUUUUUAUUCUUGUCAAGUUUCAUGCACAAAGCAAGAGAUUUGUUUCAGUCCUGUGUAAUUGAAAUGAAUUGACUGACCUGACUUGAAUUGAAUUGCAGCUACAGUAGCUCCCCCACAUUUCUAUAAUUCUGGACAGUCUACCCUGUAUUUUCGGGUACAGGGUUGCUCGAGUAACUGGCUACAGCGAUCUAGAAGUUAUUCUUUACCACUGAGAGUUUUUCUUCCUGAAGAAAACUAGACCUUGGUUCGGAGGGACCAUUUGACUCAAUUCUUAAUCGCCCUGUGACUCCAAACAAAUCCUUAAGAUUAUUAUUUAUUUUAUUUUUUUUAUGUGAGUUUACAUGAAGGGGCACAAAGCUUAUCUCCUUUUAGAGUAGGAAUCUUCCACUCCAGUCAUGCAGGGCCAAUUUUGGUUAUUCUUAUUCUCAUCAACCGAUAUGUUAAAUACGUUGGGUUCAGUGGAUGUGUUUAGGUGUUGAUCAAUUAUAAAUUGUGCUGAACACCGCCUUUCCUGCACUGGAAUUGAAGAUUCCCUUAUUUUGAGGUUUAGCUCUUGGCCCAUCAGAUCCAGGUUGAUGGAAAAGCUUGGGCAUUGUUCUUGACAUCACCGGUCUCUACUUGUGCAUGACCUUGUCAACUCACUCGUGAAAUAUUUGGGUGGAUGUAGGAUUGUAAGGUUGUACGUUAUGAGGUUAAAGUAGUCUUCGAACUAGGUAUGUUUCCCCUAAGCAUGAUCCAACACAUUUGGACAAAAAUCAAGCCCAUUUGGUGCUCCAUCCAUCCAUCCAUCCAGAAAAGAAAAAUAAUGAGAGGGUAUGAGGUUACAAGUUUGGUAUAAUCCACAGUCAUCCUGGUCCUUUUUAUCCCUGCAUUAUUCCACCCAUAUGAAAGAUCUUGGUUUCACCACUGGUGCUUGACACCGUCCGGGUCAUUUUCAAUCAUUAUUCAUUCCUGGUUAUCGUAACCUUUGGGGCAAGUUUUUUCCCCCCUGUAACCCACUUGAAGGAACACCUGACCAUUAUUUCAUCCAGUGUGCCGCUUUAAUUUUGUACGGAACAAAAUUUACACCAAUUUCUAACGACACUCGACUGCAUUCACAUUGAUCCACAAAUGAUCAUGGUUUCUUCUGAGCUUUGUUAGUUCUGAUGUUUUGUUCUCAUAAAAAAGUUUCACAUGGAUGAAAUACCAUGAGUUGCCUAUCAGAAUGGAUCAUAGGCAGGAAAUGACGAAUCGAUCGGACGAUUUUUAGAAGGAAAUCUCUUUUCCAAAGUGCUUCAAGUCUUUAAACAAAUGUCUCGUUGCUCAAAAUAAGUCUAUGGUGAACAGGAUGUAUAUUAAGAUGAUCCAUUGGGUGACUUUUCUCUUGCCCAAACUGAAAGUUAUCACAACUACCUAUUACCAUGGUAUGUGGAGAUGACUGUCAUGACAAACGCCUGUCCAGCCAGUGAAGUCCACGCUUGACUGGGUGCUACUUCCGUUCUGAUGCGAACACGUUGCGGUUUUUGAGGUGCUACAUAGGCUUUAUGAAGACAUAUAAACCUGCUUGUGUCACCCUGCACAUAAAGAAGGGAUCUGGAUUCAGAGCUGAAGAGCUCACAAGAACUUUUAGAAACGUGAAACUUCUACGAUUCCGGUGGGGAAGGAACGCGUAAAACCCGAGCCGAAGGCUGCCAAGUUGAUUCGAACUCAACCGGUGAGAAGUCACUAUUGUUUAUCGUUUAUUUUUAAUCACUGAGUUAAACUGAUCACAUUGAUCAGUAGUUUAGGACUGAUAUUCUUUGAGGGAGGGGUAGGGGGAAAAAAGAUUGCAGUGUUUUCCACUGUACCCUGUAAUAUUAUAAUAUCAUGUCAACAUUUCUUUCUCUUCUUGCUGUACUUUUUCCUUUUUUCUGUUUUUUUUCUUUUUGUAAAGGUUGCCGUCGUUUAAAAAAAAUGAAUCACAUUUGUAAAUCAGUGGUUAUAUGAAUCAUUCACCUCCAUUAGAAUUUUUGAAACUAGUCAUGCUUUUUCUGGCGAGCUGAGUGGAGUCGUCUUUCGAAAAAAGAAAAAAAAAGAUAAGUUGCACAAACUGUACAAGCAUAAGAUAAAUCGUAGUAGUUAGCACUGCUACUUUGUUCGAUGUGUGAUGUCAAGUGAGAAGUGUACAUUUAGCUGGUGAAGAUUCUCUCAUUCUUGACUACUUUUACCUGUACGUCUUUUACAAAGACAAUUGGUGGAGUAUGUAUCGUUUGUUAUUUUUUGUCUUCUUUUUUUUUCCUUUUUGUAUUUUUAAUACAAUAAUUGUAAAUAUUGGUUAUAUUUUUGUUGAACUGUAGAAAUGUACUAUGUUUAUGCCUCAACAUCCAGUUUAUAUAAAGCUGGUAAUCAAUAAAUGCGAGAAAAGAAACUGAGUUGUAGGUUUCAAAUGCACUUUUCUUUUUGUUUCCUCCUUUUUUUCCUUUUAGUUUUUUUUUUUUUCUUGUUGGUUUCCCCAUCAACUCAUUCUCUUGGGAAAAUUGUUACUUUAAAUGACACCGUCUAAUGUUUGCACAAAGAUGAGACAUGGAAUUAACUUGAAAUGUGUAUAUGAUAUGUUUUUUUUUUUUUACUGACAUGAGUCAGAAUGAAUAAAAAGACACUGAUGCCUACUU